UGCAUGAUCUAUUUAUAACAUGAACGCUAGUGCAAUAAAAGCAUUUACACACCCCAACAAAAAAAAAAAACGAAGAAAACUGUAACUGUAAGAUCAUACGAAUUGUGAGCAUAUUUACACAAUUUAAGUUCCGUGAUCAUAGACUGAACCAGCGAUUGUUGCGAAAAAACCUUUUAAUUGCAUAAGUUAGUUCAGAUCCAGCAGUGACAUACACAAACCGAGUUUCAUACUCAUAUUCGUUUAAUUUGAAAUGAUUAGACGUCACUUUCUGUUCGCUCGAAUAUUAAACCGCGUAUCCAGAGUGUUUUCUGUAGACGUCCACUCAAAAGUGCGCACUUUUAAGCCUCCUGUGCGUGCCAUAUCUCAAUCAUAUCAUCCAGAGAAGAAGUGUUUUAUGGAUAUGCUGCAUGUUGUGGAGACACGCAGCGUGGCAUGUGGAGAAGAUGAAUCGAGUCUCAUGGAGGAAAACAAUAACUCUGUGUCCACACAACAACAGCAACAACAACAACAGAGCACUGCCAAGACGAGCAGAGAUGCUGAACUGAACAACACUCCUAAGGGUGGUAAGAAAGUGAAAAAAGCAAAGAAAGGCCGAAAGAAAUGGUCAGCCAAUAAGAAGAGAGAGAACGAGACUCCAUGCACAGACAGUCUGAUGGCAGAACUGCCCUUUGCAAACACAGAGAUCUGGAAAGAGCUGGGCUUCGCCAGCUCACAAUCAAGCGUGAAGAAAAAGCGCAAGAGAGGCGAGAGUGGACGAGUGGAGGGUGAGGAAGAUGGGGAUGAAAAGAAAAAGAAGAAAAAGGAGACAGCUUGCCCAAACUACUUUGUCUCAGUGCCAAUCACCAACCCAAAGAUCAAGCAGAUGGUGGAGGAGCUGCAGAAUCUGGUGAUUGAGAAGGAUUCACGUCUCUCGCGAGCGCUGAUACCUGUGAACACUUUACACAUCACUCUACUGGUGACACACUUGAGUACACAGGAGCAGGUCGAUCUCGCUGCAGCUACACUCUCAGAUCUGGAGUCUACUCUGAGCGCUCUGCUGGCCGGCAGGAGUCUGAUUCUGCCCUUCUGUGGAGUAGGACAUUUCAAACAGGAAGUGGCAUUUGUUCAGAUUGCAGAAGGAGAACAUCUGAGCACACUCGCACUCAUAGCAGAGAUGGUGAGGAAGGCAUUUGAGGAGGGCAUUGCAUCCGGAGAUGACAAAGCGUUCAAACCUCAUCUGACGUUUCUGAAACUCUCUCGAGCACCCAAACUACGCAAGCAGGGUAUUAAAAAGCUCGACCCCUCUCUGUUCUCAGAGUUUGAGAGCGCAGUAUUUGGAGACGAAUGUGUGUGUAGAGUGGAUCUGUGCUCCAUGCUAAAGAAAAAGACUGCAGAUGGAUACUACCACUGCCAGACGAGUGUCACCUUCAGUGUUAAGAAAGGCCCGCCGCCAGACGACGAAGAGCUGGUGAGUCUGAGUAAACGGCUGGUUGAAGAUGCUGUGUUUCAGGCUGUGCAGCAGUACAUGGAGGAAACUCAACAGAAUGGCAAGGCACCAAAAGACGAAGCCCCUGAUGGCAAACUGAAUGCCACUAAAUGACCCCUGACCUGUACUCUGACCCGCCCGGGCGGCUAACUACAACACGUGCCCACCUUCCAGUGGGCUUCAAACGAUAGCAGAGAAGUGUUUGAAUUGACAGCUCUAAAGUGAAUUGAUUGUGACGUAGAAGGCGUUGUGUGAACAGAAGCAAAGUGAAGUGUCCAGUGUGGGAGGUCAUAACAGAUUCGUCCUCUUUCUUCUCUGAUUGCACACGGGACUCAAAAAACAUACUCAUUCUAUAUGGCCCGGCAGCUCUCAAAAGAGCUGUUCAGUUAUGAUGUCAAUUUCUAAGCUGACCCAGAAGACUAAAUCGCUAUGGGAUCCCUCAGAGCUUUCUGUUGGUUUUUAGCAUAGUGGUUUUCGAUAGGGUUAGCGUUAACCCAAAACAUGAAUUAAAACUGUUGUGUGCUUGGAAAAACUUGCAAACAAGUUGCUACAUAAGGCCUAGAGCGGUCGUCCCAUUCAUCAAGCACAUGAACUCACAUACAUGUGGUAGUUGAGGUCCUUAGGUAGCAUCUUGUUAGCAAUUUAAAUAGCUUUAGCUUCAUAAUUGUGUAAUUUAUGUUUUCGAACUCUAAUUUCAAAUUCUAUAACACUAUAAUUGAGGGAACACAUGGCUCAUAAAUGCCAAUUCUCUUCCAGGUUUUAGGGACAGCUCUUUCUCUCAUGUCUGUUUUUCUUUUCAUUUAUGAUGGAAUUGUUAAGAGAAAGACAGAAACAUGGCAAGAAAUGAAAUACCUGGAGUAUUUCUGUUAACUGACACUAUCAGGUCUUGUUGCAGUCUGUCAUUUGUUCUUUGCAUCUUCACAUCAGAAGCUUUGAGGACAAUCCUGAUUCUCUACACGACAGCUCUCGUCGCUCUGUUUCACUGUGGAAAUGAACUGCAAGCCUGACGCCCAAUCCAAAUCCAGAAGCAUCAAACUGAACGUGUGCACUGCACAGGAGAUGAAAUCUGAUGAACAUGCUGAGAGGGAUAUUUUAUUUGUGUAUCAUACGUCAGAUGAUGAUGAUGAUGAUGAUGUUUGUUGCUGUUGUUUGUUGUAGGCUGUGUGCGUGUUCAGAGCAGACUGGAUUCAGAGAGAGAUCACAUGCGGGCGAGAGUACAGGCAAUAAAGACUCUGUUAACACAAGCACACAUUCAAGCUAAGAUCAUACAGGAGCUGAACGUGACCGACAGAGGAAAU